AUGGCUGAUGAUUCGGAGAGAGAGAAAAAAUAUCGGGAUAAUAAUAAUAGUAGUAAAAAACCGCUAUACACGAUAUCAUCAUGGGACGAAGUUCAUCCGACAACGUCGACAAUAAGGCGUCUCCCACGAGAAAACGCCGAAUAUAAACCUCGCCCGAAAACCGUUUAUUUUGCCGACAAUCCGGAAUAUUUUGUACUUAAUCGUCGUAGCGACAAAAAAGUGUUUGAUUGUAAAAAAAAACCGCAAACCAACAAUGACCGUCCCACUUCCGUUCCUCCAGACUUUUAUAAAAUUGUUAAAGUUGAAACGGAGUCCUCGGAGAGUCCUCGUAACCGGUAUCAAUCCAUAUUGAAAAAUAACGAUGUUACCGAGAGAAAACAAAGACGUGAUGUACCGCGAAUGGGUAGCAAUUGGAUAAACAUAAAAAGUUUUCAAACGCCCAUGGUAAAAACAGUUAUAAAGCACAAAGUAGAGUAUGAAGCGGAAGGGCAUUAUGACCGCGGGAGGAGGCCGUCGCAGGCCGCCAUGACCCAACGUGAAGACGUAAUAAAAUUUGAACAGGGUCGUAUAAAAGCAUUGCAAGAAGAACGUCUUCACAUACAAAAAAAAACAUUUACAAAAUGGAUGAAUUCAUUUUUACAAAAGGCUCGGAUGGAAGUGGAAGAUCUCUUCACCGAUUUAGCCGAUGGGAAAAAAUUAUUAAAACUUUUAGAAAUAAUAUCCGGGGAAAAAUUGGGAAAGCCGAACAAUGGAAAAAUGAGAGUUCACAAAGUUGAAAACGUUAAUAAAAGUUUAGCGUUUUUACAAACGAAAAAGGUACAAUUGGAAAGUAUCGGAGCUGAAGAUAUCGUUGAUGGAAAUCCGAGGUUAAUAUUAGGAUUAAUAUGGACGAUUAUAUUACGGUUUCAAAUACAAGAAAUUGAAAUCGACGUCGACGAAGACAAUGAAAGCAGCGAAAAGAAAUCAGCCAAAGAUGCAUUAUUAUUAUGGUGCCAAAGGAAAACGAAUGGUUACAGCGGCGUCGCCAUUCAUGAUUUCACAAGUUCGUGGAGAAACGGUCUUGGUUUCAAUGCUCUUAUCCACGCACACAGGCCCGAGCUGAUUGAUUACCAAUCAUUGAUUCCAUCGAGACACAUAGAAAAUUUAAACAAUGCAUUCGACGUGGCCAAUACAGAAUUGGGCAUACCAAGAUUGUUGGACGCCGAAGAUGUCGACUCGAGCAGACCCGAUGAAAAAUCAAUUUUAACUUAUGUAGCGUCAUAUUACCACACAUUUGCCCGUAUGAAGAAUGAAAUGAAAAGCGGAAGACGUAUAGCCAACAUUGUUGGACAGAUGAUGGAUGCUGAUCGGAAAAAAGAUUAUUACGAAAGACUGACGACGGAUUUGUUGGAGUGGAUACGGAGAAAAGUUAUCGAAUUAGAAGAUAGAAAUUUUCCGAAUUCAUUAGAGGGAAUUCAAAAAGAACUUUUACGGUUUAAGCAGUAUCGUACUAUUGAGAAACCACCCAAAUACAAAGAACGAUCAGAAAUCGAAGCAUUAUUUUUUCACAUAAAUACCUUAUUGAAAUCGUUAAAUCAACCUUGUUUCCAACCGAGCGAGGGAAAUCUCGUGCAAGAAAUACAAAGGGCGUGGGAGGGUUUGGAAACUGCGGAACACAGGAGGGAAGUCGCUCUCAGACAGGAAUUACUUCGACAAGAAAAAUUAGAACAAUUACAUUAUAAAUUUGUCAGAAAAAGCGUUUUAAGGGAGGGAUACGUAAAAGAAAUGAUACAAGUUUUAUCCGAUCCGAGAUACGGUAAUAACAUGGCUCAAGUUGAUGCAACUGUUAAAAAACACGAAGCGAUAAGUGCCGAUAUAUUAGCGAGGAAAGAAAGAUAUAGCGAUUUAAGUGCAAUGUCUGCCGAAUUAAGAAACGAAAAUUAUCACGGGGCUGAUAAAGUUCAACAACGCGAAGAAGAAAUUUUGAAAAAAUGGAACGAGCUGUUGGAUUUAUUAGAAAAACAUAAAAAUUCUUUGAACACUCAAAGUAAUUUAAUGGCGACUUUGAGAGAAAUCGAUACUUUAAUGGGCACCAUACAAGAUUUACAAGUUCAAUUUGAAAGUGAAGGAGUCGGUUCUCAUUUGCUGUCAGUUGAAGAUUUGUUGCAGAAACACGCUUUGCAAGAAUUGCAAGUGACUGCGGUUGGAGAAACGUUGGGAAAAUUGAGACGUCACGGUCAGCAAUUUGUCACGGCAAAGCACAAAGAUGCUCCGGCUCUUCAAGAAAGAUUGAACUUACUGGAUAAAGCUUAUAACAAUUUGGUACAAAGUAGUGAAGAACGAAGGAGUAGAUUGGAAGAUGCUCGAAAUUUAUUUCAAUUUGUACAAGAUCACGAAGAAGAAGAGAGUUGGGUCAUAGAACGUCAAAGAAUUUGCAUGGCAGCAAUCGUUGCAAAAGAUUUAAGAGCUGUUUUGAGUUUGCAACAAAAACAAAAAGCAUUGCAAGAUGAAAUGAAAGCGAGACGAAUGAAAUCCGAUCAGUUGUGCGAAGCUGGUCAACGCCUCAUAAUCGAUAAACAUCCCAAGGCUAAAGACAUUAGUUCCCGGAUACAAAGUUUGCAAAAAGAGUGGAAACAUCUUUACGAACUAGCGGACUUGAGGAAAAAACAUUUAGAAGAUGCUGCCGAAGCUUUUCAGUUUUAUACCGAUGCAAACGAAGCAGAAUCUUGGUUAAAAGAAAAAAUGGCUUUGGUUGCAUCCACGGAUUACGGAGUAGAUGAACCUAGCGCUCAAGCUUUGUUGGCUCGUCACAAAGAUCUGCGAGGAGAAAUCCAAGCUUACAAAGGGGACAUUACAAGUUUAAAUACUCAUGCGCAAAAACUUAUAAAAUCUGGUAUUGCAAAUUUAGAACUUUCCACCGAACCUGAACCUCCCCAAGAAAUAGAAGAAUGGACUACUGAAACUCGAUUGGUUCCCCAAGAAGUUUGGGAGGAUGAACCUUACGAAAGAAUAGAAAACAGGAUCGUCAUUGAAAAUCGCCUUUGCCCUCAAGUAAGAAGCCUUUAUCCUUUCAGCGGGCAAGGAAUGGAAAUGCAAAAAAAUGAAAUUAUGUUAUUGCUUCAUAAAACCAAUCAAGAUUGGUGGAACGUGAGGAAAGAAAAUGGGACUGAAGGAUUUGUACCUGCUAAUUACGUCAAAGAAAUUGAAGGAAAAAUUAUUCCCGUUCAAAUUCAACGACCCGAGAAAAUAAAAGAUACGCGAAAAAUUAAAAAAACGAAAAUGGUUCGUCAAACUGUUCGGGUCAAAAAACCAUUGGUUCCAAAAUCGCAAGGAAGAUUACCCAAAAAGAAAGUGGACGAUAGCCAAAAUGUAGAAAAAAGACAAAAAAAUAUUAACGACACAUAUGGAGAGCUGUUAAAUUUAUCGGAAAAACGUCAUCUCCUCCUUGAAGAUUCCAUCAGGUUGUACGGUUUUUACAAAGAAUGUGAUGAUUUUGAAAAAUGGAUAAAGGAUAAAGAAAAAAUGUUGAAAACCGAUGAUGGAAUGGACAACGUGGAAACAGCCAAAAGAAAAUACGAAAAAUUUUUAACCGAUUUAUCUGCUAGUGCCAAACGUAUCGAAAGUUUAGACAAAGCCGUGGAUGAAUUUGUAGCGCAAUCCCACUCCCACUUAGAUAAAGUGAAAGCGAGACAAAAACAAAUUCAUCAAUUAUGGAAUCAUCUUAAUUUAUUAAAAGCGGAAAAAGAAAAAAGUUUAGAAGGUGCCUCGAGCGUUGAGGUUUUUCACAGGACUUGCGACGAAGCUCGAGAUUGGAUGGCUGAAAAAUUAACGCAGUUAGACGGAGCCGAACACGGACCUGAUUUAAAAACGGUGCAAGCUUUACAAAGACGACACAGACACCUAGAAAGAGAAUUAGCUCCCGUUGAAGAAAAAGUAAACAGAGUUAAUUUGCUUGCAAACAGCGUGAAAUCUUCUUAUCCCCACGAAAGAGCUAACGUCACCACGCGUCAGAAAGAAAUUAAAGAUUUGUGGGAAAAAGUUAUAAACAAAGCAAAAGACAAGAGAUCCAGAUUGGAAGAUGCAGUCGGUCAGCAAGUUUUCACCAACAGUUCGAAAAAUCUUUUAGUUUGGGCCGAUUCGGUUAAAGAAGCUUUGAGAGCCGAUGAACCGGUGAGAGACAUAGCUACUGCGGAAUCUUUACAAAAAAAGCAUUCUGAAUUAGAUGACGAUAUUAGAGCUCACGAAGACGAAUGGAGUGAAGUCGUGUCUUUGGGGAAAAAAUUACUCAAUAGAAAUCCUCAACUCGAUGAUGUGAGAGAAAGAUUAAUGAAACUGGAUGCAGAGUAUGAAGCUUUGAGAAGGGGAUGGAUCGAAAAGGAUAAUUGGUUAAAACAGUGUCUCGACCUUCAAGUUUUCAACCGAGAAGCUGAUCAAAUAGACGCAUCAACAUCAGCACACGAAGCAUUUUUAGAAUUUUCCGAAGUUGGGAAUUCUUUGGAUGACGUGAAAGCUGCUGAAAAAAGACAUUUGGAUUUGGAAAAUACGUUGGCCGCACAAGAUGAAAAAUUACUGUCAUUUAGCGAUUUCGCGGAUAUUCUUAUAUCCAAACAUCAUUACGAUUCUAAAAACAUCGAUAAUAAAAGGCAUCAAGUUAUAGCACGUCGACAGGCCGUCAAAGAUCUUGCCGACGCUCGUCGAUCGGCAUUAUCGGCUGCUAAUAACUUUCAAGAAUUCGCUGCCAAAGUUGACGAUUUAAAAAGUUGGGUCAGCGAUAAAACCAAAGUGGCAAGCGAUGAAUCUUACAGGGAUUUGAGUAAUCUGGAAAGGAAAUUGCAAAAACACGAAGCCUUCGAGCGAGAGCUAAAAGCAAACGAAGGACAAUUAAGAGCCAUAAAUAAAGCGGGACAAGGAUUUACCAACGAUAAUAAUUACAGGAGCGAUGACGUGAGUAAAAUGUUAAAAACCCUUAACGCGGAAUGGGAAAACCUAGUCAAAUUGUCACGUGACAAAGGCAAGAGAUUGAGACAAGCCGCCGCGCAGCAUACUUACAAUAGAACAAUCGAAGAUGCUCGAUUAAAAUUAGAAGAAAUUAAACAAGCCCUGCAAUCCGAACAAGUCGGCAAUGAUUUAAGGCACUGUAAGGAUUUAUUAAAGAAACACAACGCAUUGGAAAUCGACUUGGCCACGUGGGAGGGUAAAAUAAAUGAUUUGACAGCCGUGGCUGAAGAUAUGGCGCAAGAGGGUCAUUUCGAUGCUGAAAAUAUUUUAAAAGCAAGUCAAGAUUGUCAAAAAAGAUUCGAAGAUUUAAAAGAACCCGCAAAGAGAAGGAGAGCAAUGCUCGAGGAAUCACUUAAAUUUCAUAAAUUUGGUUUCGAAUUGGAUGCUGAGUUGCAGUGGGUGCGAGAGCAUAAACCAUUGGCUACGUCUACUGUUCUCGGUCAAAACCUUCAUCAAGCUCAGUCUUUGUUCAAAAAACAUAAAAAAUUAGAAGCCGAAAUUGAAGGACAUCAACCAAUGAUUGAUAAAACAUUAUCGAACGGUCAACAACUUCUCGAACAAAAUCAUUUGAAAACUCCCGAGAUUGAAGCGCUGUGUAAAAAACUUGAAAGCGAGUGGCAAGACCUUGAAAAGAGUACAAAGGAAAGAGCUAAAAAACUUGAAUUAUCAUUAAAAGCCCAAGAAUUUUUUUUCGAAGCUGGCGAAGUAGAAUCUUGGCUUACCGAGAAAAAUGACGUACUCAGUUCUACGGAUUAUGGAAGAGAUCGAGAUGCAGCUACAAAACUCCUUACAAAACACAAAGCUUUGGAAUUGGAAUUGGAUUCCUACAACGGAAUCGUAACAGAAAUGGGACACGUAGCUGAUAAAAUGGUCAGUUCCGGUCAUCCGGAUGCAAAAGCUAUAUUAGCUAAACAGCAACUUUUGUCUCAGCAAAUGAAACUCUUGCAAAAAUUGGCCACUUCUCGUCAGCAAAGGCUCAUGGAAUCGAUGUACAGACACGAAUAUUUCCUAGAAUCCGCAGAACUGGAUCAAUGGAUCAAAGAACAAAUGCUGACGGCAACAUCCGAAGAAUACGGACAAGAUUACGAACAUUUACUCCUUUUGCAAAGUAAAUUCGAUGAUUGGAAGCACCGGUUGGAUGCAGGGUCGGAAAGAUUUAAUCAGUGCGAAGAAUUAGCUCAAAAAUUAAUAUCUAACGACAGUCCUUAUGUUGCCGACAUUGAAAAACGUCAGGAUCAAUUGAGCGAAUCUUGGGCAAAACUUUUAGAGCAAAUGAACAAUCGAGAGCAAAGAUUAAAUGCUGCGGGAGAAAUUCACAGAUUUCACAGAGAUGUUGCCGAUGCUUUGUCUCGAAUACAAGAAAAAAACGCGGCUUUGCCAGAGGAUCUCGGUCGAGAUUUGAAUUCCGUUAUUGCUCUGAUAAAACGACAUGAAGGAUUUGAAAACGAUCUUGUCGCUUUAGAAGCUCAACUUCAAAUUCUCAUCGAAGAUGCGGCUAGACUCCAAGCGCAGUAUCCGGGACAAAAUGCUGCUCAAAUAGAACAACAGCAAAAAUUGGUUCUUGACCACUGGGCGGCUCUUCAAUUAAGAGCAUCCGAUAGAAGAGAACUUUUAAACGAAGCUUGCGAUCUUCAUAAAUUUUUGAGUCAAGCUCGCGAUUUAAUGAGUUGGGCAUCUGGUUUAAGAGCUAAUAUGAUGACAGAAGAAAAAGUUAGGGAUGCAGCCAGUGCGCAAAUUCUCAAAGCUGAACACGAAGCCGUAAAAGCCGAAAUAGAAGCUAGAGAAGAUGUCUUUGGUAAAGUUGUGGCUUUGAGUGAGGAAAUAAUAAAAAAUAAUCACUACGCAACUCCCGAGAUAACUGAAAAAUUGACUGCUUUAUUGGAUGAAAGGCAACGUUUACACUCAGCAUGGCAGCAUAAAAAAGUUCAUUUAGAUCAAUUGAUUGACCUUCAUUUCUUUUUAAGAGACGCCAAACAAAUAUAUACUACGAGCAGUGCACAAGAAGCAGCUCUUAACAAUAAUGAUUUUGGUACGACAGUCGAUGAAGUUGCUUCUCAAGUCAAAAAGCACGAAGCAUUUGAAAAAUUAGUGGGCACUCAAGAAGAAAGAGUUCUCGCUUUGCAAGAGCACGGUGCUAAAUUAGUGCAGCAAAAUCAUUUCGAAACUCCUACCAUUAAACAACAUUUAUCUGACGUUGUUGCUAGAAGAAUGAAAAUAGCCCAACUUUGUCAGAAACGACGGCAAAAUCUCGAAGAUUGUUUACUUCACGCCCAAUUCGUGCGUGACGUUGCUGAAGCGGAGACUUGGAUAGGAGAAAAACAAAAGCGCCUGCAAGCUGAUGUAAAUCAAGGUGAAGAAACGGCGUCGUUAGAGGAUAAAAUUAAAAAAUUGCAAAAGCACCAGGCUUUCCAAGCAGAAUUGAGUGCAAAUCAACCCAGGAUAACAAACAUCAAAGGCCAAUGCGACCAACUUUUAUCGAAAAAGCACUCAUCUUCAAAACAAAUUCAAUUACAGUGGAACAACCUUUUGGAAUCGUGGAAAAAACUUUUGCAAGACGCUGAUAAUUACGGCCGAGGAUUAGAAGAAGCGCAAGAUAUUCUCGAAUUCAACAAUCAAGUUGAAAAAAUUGAAGCGUGGAUUAGAGACAAAGAAAUGAUGGUGCAAGCAGGAGAAAUCGGUAAAGAUUACGAGCAUUGUUUUGCAUUGCAAAGAAAACUGGAUGAUGUCGAUUCGGAUAUGAGAGUCGACGAUGCAAGAAUUAAAUCAAUUUACACUCUUGCGGACAAACUUAUUCGACAAGGACGAAGCGAUACGCAAGUCAAAAGCAGAAGAGAUAAAUUAUCUAGCAAAUGGCACGCCCUUCAAGGAGCUCUUAGCUCUUACAGAGAUAGACUCGGAGGAGCUUUAGAAGUGCAUAGUUUCAACCGAGAUCUUGAUGACACAAUUUCUAGAGUGGCAGAAAAGGCCACUGCCAUGUCUUCUACGGAUUUAGGUCGGGAUUUAGCUGCUGUAGAACAACUUAAAAGACGGCAAGAAACAUUGGAGAGAGAUAUGACUGCAAUUGAAGGGAAAAUGAAGGAACACGAAGGCACCGCUCAAGUUCUCAUUAAACGUUAUCCAGAAAUGUCUGGGUCGAUAACCGAAAAAUCAUCCCAUUUAAAACAGCAGUGGGAAAAACUACAGGAUUUGACACUCAAAAGGCGAAAUGCGUUACAAGCAGCUUAUACCAGACAUAAAUUUCAUUCGGACCUUAAAGAAUUACAAGAUUGGAUCGAGGAAGCCAUUAAUAAAAUGAAAGGUAAAGAACUUCCUGCGUCCGUAGCGGAAGCCGAGGCUGCCAUACAUUUACACGGAGAGCGAAAAGCGGAAAUCGAUGGUCGUUUGAAAAAGGCGCAAACUUUAAAAGAUUUCGGUUUGAAAUUGAUAUCCGAAGAAGAUGAUGAAAAACUCAAAUCCAGUUUAGACGUUCUCGACGAUUUGCAAAAGGAUUUAAAUGAAGCUUGCGAGGAAAGAAGGAAAACUUUACAGCAAGCUUUACAAUUGGCUAUAUUCAGAGAUCAAGCCGAUCAAGCCGAAAGAUGGCUCGAUAAUAAGGAAGCUUUUCUAAAUAAUGACGAUUUAGGUGAUUCAUUACCCAGCGUUGAAGCGUUGAUACAAAAGCAAGAAGCUUUUGAAAAAACAUUAGCAGCGCAAUCUAGUCGAAUAGAAGAUUUGAAGAAAUUCGCACAUGAAAUAGUAGCAGACAAGCACUACGAUCAAAGCGGUAUCGAAGCGAGAUUAAAUUUGGUCACGUCUAGAAAAAUAAAAUUAAAAGAAAGUUCCGAGGCAAGGAAAAAAAAACUAUUGGAAACGAAAAAAUUAUUACAAUUUUUAAGAAACAUUUACGAGGUUCAAACGUGGUUGCAUGGAAAAACCCAAAUAGCAAACGAUGAAAAUUACAGAGACUCGUCGAACCUUCAAUCGAAAAUUCAAAAGCACGCAGCUUUCGAAGCCGAACUUCAAGCAAACAAAGACAGGAUAAACGGUGUCAUAAACGAGGGAGAAAAAUUAAUAGCAGAAAAUCAUUUUGCAUCCGAUGAUAUAGAUUCUCAUUUAUCCGAAUUGAAAAGUCAUUGGGAUAAUUUAUUAAAAGCCAGUAAAGACAAAAAGGAAAAAUUAAACGAUGCGUACCAAGCUCUCAUUUUUAUUCGUUCGUUAGAAGAAUUAGAAAGUUGGAUGAAUGAGGUAGAGGGAAUAUUGAGCUCCGAGGAUCACGGCAAAGAUUUAGCGAGCGUUGCUCAUUUGCUUAAAAAACACGCAGCGUUGGAAAAUGACGUGGACGCUCAUGGGGAAAAUGUUAAAGUUCUGAAAGAAAAUGCAGCUUUAUUCGAUUCAUCGGAGCAUUUUAUGAAAGAAGAAAUCGACGAAAGGUUUUCAGCAGCUUUAAAAAGAUAUCAUUCUCUUCACGAACCGAUGCAAAUUCGAAAAGAAAAUUUAGAAGAUUCUUUGUUAUUACAUCAGUUUAUUCGAGACGUCGACGAAGAACUUGAAUGGCUUGAAGAGAAAGAACCGACGGCAACUUCCGAAGAUUUAGGAAGUAGUUUAACUACGGUUCAAAAUUUACAAAAGAAACAUCAAGCUCUCGAAGCGGAAUUGGUGUCCCGGGAACCCGUUAUUUCCGCUUUGGGAGCUCGAGCUCAACAAAUGGCACGAAGCAAUCAUUUUGCUUCCGGCGAAAUUGAAAAAAAAAUGCAAGAACUAAGUCAAAAUUUCGAAAGAAUAAAAGAUUUAGCCAGCGUUAGAAAGUUGAGACUUUUAGAUGCUGUAGAAUCGCAGACCUUUUAUACCGAAGCAAGUGACGCUUCUACUUGGCUGAAAGAAAAGAAACCGCAAUUAACAUCUUCGUACCUGGGAAAAGACGAAGAUUCCGUUUCUGCUCUGUUAAAAAAACUGGCAAGCAUUCAACGGGACCUUUCUGCUUUUGAAAGCACGGUUGAAAAGUUGAGAAAACUUUCCAAUGGCCUCAUCGAAAGAGGUCAUUUUGACAGCUCGAACAUAAAAUUAAAACAGUCCGAGCUUGAAGUGUCCUACGCAGAACUUUUAGAGUCUUCUAAAAUCAGGGAAUCAAGACUGGCAGAAAGUAAAAAAUAUUUCAAGUUCAUUCGUGAAGUGGAUGAAGUGGCCGAAUGGAUCAACGAUCAAACGGCUUUGGCCGCCUCGGAGGAUUACGGAAGCGAUGUUGAACACGUGGAAUUGUUAAUAAAAAAAUUUGAAGCGUUCAUUUCAUCGCUGAACGCAGCGGAAUCACGGAUUUCAAAAGCCAUUGAAAAUGGAAUGAAACUCGUAAAUGAAAAUAAUCCCGAGUCGCACAAAAUCAAAGAAAAAAUAAAAGAAACUCAGCAAUUGUGGGAUGACGUCAAAGAAUUGGCUCAUGCGAGGCAAGAGGCUUUGGCUGGAGCGAAACAAGUUCACAUGUUUGAUCGAGCAGCCGAUGAAACCAUUGACUGGAUAGACGAAAAAGAAGCCGCUUUGACAUUGGACGGUUUUAGUCAAGAUUUGGAAACUAUUCAAGCUUUAGUUCGUAAACACGAAGGAUUCGAAACGGAAUUGGCAGCCGUUAAAAAACAAGUCGAAAGCGUGAAAAACGAAGCAAAUAAAUUGGCGAGCAUGUUCCCUGACACGAGGGAACACAUCGAGGUUAAACAAGAAGAAGUUUGUGAUUCUUGGACGUCUCUUCUAAAAAAAGCAAACCAAAGACGGGAUCAGUUAAUGCAAGCCGAACAACUUCAAUCCUAUUUUGAUCAACAUCGAGAUUUGAUGGCUUGGUUAAAUGAAAUGAUAGCAAAAAUAACGGCACCGGAUUUAGCUCAAGACGUGACGGGAGCCGAAGCUCUUAUUGCUCGUCACACGGAGCAUUAUGCAGAAAUUGCUGCCAGGUCAGAUGAAAUCACUAAAUUUCACGUGGACGGAGAUAAACUCGUUAAUCAAGGUCAUUUCCUGUCGGAGGAAGUUGGUGAAAAAAUUAGGAUUCUCAAGGAUCGAUAUAAAUUACUUUUGGACACGUGGAAUAAAAGAAAAGAUAUUUACGAACAAAAUUUGGACACGCAAAUAUUUAAACGAGAUGCGGAUUUACUGGAAAAUUGGAUGACAGCUCGAGAACCCGUUCUUCGCGAUGGUCAAGUUGGAGAAUCGAUUAAUCAAGUCGAAGAUUUACUCAGAAAGCACGACGACUUUGAAAAAACAAUAUCGGCUCAAGAAGAAAAAUGUAAAGCUCUUCAAAGGAUUACUUUGUUGGAAAAGUAUUUCCAACAGCAAAAAGAAGCAGAACAAGCGGCUAGAUUGGCAGAAAAAGAAAGAAUAGAAAGAGAAAAAAUCGAAGCUAGAAAGAGGAAAGAAAUACAAAGAAUUACGGAUGAACGACGAAGGGAAGAUGAAAAAAGGCGGCAACAAGAGACGAGGCCAUCGGAAAUUAAUGGAAAUGCUGUUGUCGGCUCCAGAACGUUACAAGUUCCAGAAUCCCCCAAUUUACAUAAAACUGGUAGUUUCUCUCAGCUUAUCGGUGACAAAAUGCGACGAGAAAUGAAAAGGGCAGAAAGUAUGAAAAUCGAAACUAAAAAGCCAAAGCGAACGCCCAGUUUUACAACGAGAAGAAGAACUCAAAGUUUUAGAAAAUUACCACCCGUGGAAAUCAGAGGAUUACUCGAUAGAAAACAAGAUCUUCAAAGUGGGGGUAAAAAAGCACCCGUGAGAUCAUGGAAAACUUUUUACACAGUUCUUUGCGGUCAAUUGCUUUGCUUUUUUAAAGACAAAGAAGAUUUUGUUAAUAGCAAAGCAGCUUCAUCCCCUGUCAGCAUAUUGAAAGCCAAAUGCGAGAAAGCUCAGGAUUAUACUAAAAGGAAACACGUUUUUAGACUUUGUUGCACCGACGGUUCCGAAUAUUUAUUCUUGGCCGAUUCGGAAGAAAAAAUGUCGGAUUGGAUAAAUAAAAUAAGUUUUCACGCUCAGCUUCCUCCUUCCAUGCAACUCUUGAGUUACGACGAAUCGCAAAAAAAUAACGAAGAUAGAAUAUCAAAUACGACGGGAGAUGUUAGUUCGGGAUCUAGUCGAACGUCUUCUCCUGAGCCUACGAGUCCAGCAAAACCAAUUCAAACUCAAACGCAAUUUUUAGCUCAAUACGGACCUCCGAUUCCACCCCGAUCUGCUCCUCCUCCCAUUCCAACGGGAGUACCAAUGAGACAAAAGAGUAUGGAGAUGGUACCGGUCGGCAAAAUGGUUCACACGAUUCCUACAGGCACAGUUUGGACACAUCAUCUCCAGUCGUUGUCGCCACCGCCAUUACCCAUGACACAACCACCACGUGGAUAUCAAUAUGGCGGACAUCAGGGUUCACUUUCUCAAAAUGAAUUAUCUGGAAUAUCUUACAAUCACGGUCCCACUCUUCGAUCCGAAUAUCGAGACCCGAAUUCAUGGAUCCCCCACAAUAAUAGCAUUUAUAAUCAUGGAUAUGGCGAUAUAUCGCCGCCGCCUCCGAGGCCGGCUUCCAUGUUAGCAGCCCCACCAAGUGAAUUAAAUCGUAGAGCGAGCGAAAGUUCGAGCGAGUCGGAACUUCAAAAUGCCGGACGAAACAGCAAAGAAAAACGUCAAGGAGUUUUAUCGAAUUUUUUCGGGAGAAGGAAAAAACCUUCUAAUUAA